CAACCACACUCGGCCCAACUCGGCCCAGUUCGACCGCUCCUCUUCGUUCUCCCUCUCCCUCCUCCGAAAACCCUUGAGUGCGCUUCUCUGUUCAACGAAGAGAAGAGGAAAAGGAGCUCCUUUGCGAUGUCCUGUCGCUCGAUCGAGCUCUCCGAAGCCAUGGCGAUGCGUCAGAAGGGCCUCGACUCCAUCGUCUUCUUCGAGGACGCGCGUAAGGCCGCGGAGGAGGCCUACGCCAAGAAUCCUCUCGACGCCGAGAAUCUGACGCGUUGGGGAGGAGCGCUUUUUGAGUUGUCGCAGUUUCAGAAUGACCCUGAUAUUGUGAAGUAUGUGGAAGAUUCCAUUUCAAAGUUGGAGGAAGCCUUGGAGGUGGUUCCGAGAAAGCAUGAUGCUCUGUGGUGCUUGGGGAAUGCUCACACCUCCCUCGCUUUUUACACUCCGGACCUCGAGAUGGCGAAGACCUACUUUGCAAAGGCAACACAGUGCUUCGAGCAGGCUUUGGAGGAGGAUCCCCGAAAUGAGUUGUACUUGAAGUCAUUGGACUUGUCAUUCAGGGCACCUGAACUGCAUUUAGAGUUCCAUAGGCAGAUGACCAGUCAACAGGCUUCACAGGGCGCAUCCUCUUCUCCGAAUGCGAAGGCAUCCAAAAAGAACAAGAAUAAGAAGGAUAACAGUGACUUGAAGUACGACGUACUUGGGUGGGUGAUUCUUGUGGCCAGAAUCGUUGCGUGGGGGGUGGGGAUGACCAAAUAUAAUGUUCCUUAUCCACCUUCUGGGCAUUGAGGUCCAUUUCCAUUUCGAGAAUGAAAUUCUGCUGCCUUUCGAUGCUUCAAUUUCUGCGUCUGCUGCAUGAAGACGUCGAUGUUUGUGCAGAGAUUGCAAUUUUUUUUUCUUAUUCUUUUUCUGAAGAAAACAUCUCAUCAAAGUAUGCUUUUCUUCUUUCUUUUUACAAAAUUAGUUUGUUAGAGGCCUUUGGUGCCAUCAGUGUAUCUUCUGAUUAGGUUUUUUUUUUCUUUAUUUUAAACCGGGAAUAAUAGUUUUGAUAAGUUAGCAUAUGUUGUCUUAUGAGCUAAACUGUUGCUACAAUUCAUAAGGGUUUGGUAUAGUCUUUGCAUUUUGUUUUACUUACCUUCAUCGUAAAUGGAGUUCGUGGUGGAAAACUUUCUAUGGUUUUAUUCUCUAAA